AUGCAAAGUAGCUGUCUUUGAAGGCGGAUCUUUUGGCAGGUUAGUCCAGGGCGGUGGCGACGAUCAGCUCAAACGAGAAAUGCCACCAACCACUCCAAACUGAUUAGGUCUGUCUCCAGAGUGCUUCGUUAGGAAUAGACCACAACUCUGUUUUAGUUUAUAAGGUUACUACACCGUUUGCGUGGAUUUAUCGUACGCACUUAGCCUACCCAAACGCAGUGCAAGAGGAAGAACAAUUUAGUUGAGUUGGUAAAUAUUGAAGUUAUGACAGACUGGUUCCACUCGUGCUGCAGGACCUGAUUUUAAUGUCUAUGUGCAGGACAGAAGCAGGAGGAUUCCGUCCUGACGUUGUUGAAACUGAGGAGGACUGUCCCUAAACGCACUUUGAGAAGCGCUGGAACGUUUGUCAGGAUCGGAACACUUUUAUCCAAUCAGAGAAAGAACCAAGGCAGACAGAAAAAUAAAUGGUGCGACGGACUAGACACAACUACCACAAAUGCAUUUAAUCUCUUAAUAUGUUGGAUUAUUCUGGAACAAAUUAAUACACUUCAAAGCAUGGACAUUAUGGUAAGCGACCAUUAUUUUGAGGGAAAAUUAUUCUCACUUUUUUUGGAAUUGUCUCUGGAGUUAAAUUCUAAUCAAAGGAAUUAGCCUACACGUUAAAAGGUGAAACGAUGGUCUUUUCAUAGACAAUUGUGAGUUUUCAUCCACAGUUUGGCACAUUCAUAAAACAUAAGCUACAGAAAGCUUUUUAGUAGACCUUUCCUGUAGGAGACACAACUUCUGCUUUAUCCUAAGAAGUGACAUUUUAUCUUCAAUUGUUUGCCACUAAAAGGUUACAAGAGGACAGACUAUGCAUUCCACUGCUAAAAGGAGCCUUAUCAAUGUGCUGCUGGUCUGUCUGAGUGGUGGCUGCUCAGCCAUUAGCUCCAUAGACCCAGAUCGGCCAGGUGAGGGGAGAUGUCAACAGAUUGUCAUCCCCCUUUGUAAGGACAUUGGCUACAACAUGACAAGGAUGCCCAAUCUGAUGGGCCAUGAGGACCAGAAUGAGGCAGCCAUCAAGCUACAUGAGUUUGCCCCGCUCAUAGGGUUUGGAUGCCACACUCACCUCAAGUUUUUUCUCUGUUCGCUGUAUGCACCUAUGUGCACGGAGCAGGUAUCCACCCCCAUCCCUGCCUGCAGAGUGAUGUGUGAGCAGGCCAGGCAAAAGUGCUCCCCUAUCAUGGAGCAGUUCAACUUCCGCUGGCCUGACUCCCUGGACUGCUCCAGACUACCUACCAAAAAUGACCCCAACAACCUCUGCAUGGAGGCCCCCAACAACGGUUCAGACGAGCCCCCCAAAGGCUCCCACACCCAGCGUCCUGACUUCAGGCUUCAUCGGCCCAUGAAGGAGACGGAGAGCAAGGAGGCCUGCAGUAACCCAGGCAAGUUCCACUAUGUACAGAAGAGUGAGUCCUGCGCCCCCAAGUGCUACCCCAAAGUGGAUGUGUACUGGAGUCAGGGAGAUAAGCAGUUCUCUCUGGUGUGGGUGGCUAUCUGGUCCAUCCUUUGCUUCAUCUCCAGCUCAUUCACUGUCCUCACCUUCCUUAUCGACCCCCAGCGCUUCAAAUACCCAGAGAGGCCCAUCAUUUUCCUCUCCAUGUCCUACUGUGUCUACUCUGUGGGCUACCUGAUCCGUCUGUUUGUGGGGGCAGACAGUAUCGCCUGUGACCGGGACAGUGGGGUCCAGUACAUCAUCCAGGAGGGACUGGAAAGCACGGGCUGCACCAUUGUCUUCCUCAUCCUCUACUACUUCGGCAUGGCCAGCUCUCUCUGGUGGGUCAUCCUCACACUCACCUGGUUCCUGGCUGCAGGGAAGAAGUGGGGCCACGAGGCCAUCGAGGCCAACAGCAGCUACUUCCACCUGGCGGCCUGGGCCAUCCCGGCCAUCAAGACCAUCAUGAUCCUGGUGAUGAGGAAGGUGGCGGGGGACGAGCUGACGGGGGUGUGCUACGUGGGCAGCAUGGACGUGAAAGCUCUCACAGGCUUCGUGCUCAUCCCACUCUCCUGCUACCUCAUCAUCGGCACCUCCUUCCUGCUGUCGGGCUUCGUGGCCCUGUUCCACAUCCGCAAGAUCAUGAAGACGGAGGGGGAGAACACGGAUAAACUGGAGAAGCUGAUGGUGCGGAUCGGAGUGUUCUCAGUCCUCUACACUGUACCUGCCACCUGCGUUAUCGCCUGCUACUUCUAUGAGAGGCUCAACAUGGACUACUGGAGGAGGCUGGCCGUGGAUCAGAAGUGUGUUGACAGCAGCAGGAACAAUGCAGAGUCUGAGGAGUGUGGUAUGAAGAGCUCCAUCCCGGCUGUGGAGAUCUUCAUGGUUAAGAUCUUCAUGCUGUUAGUGGUGGGCAUCACAAGUGGCAUGUGGAUCUGGACCUCAAAGACACUGCAGUCGUGGCAGAAUGUAUUUAGCAGGAAGCUGAAGAAGAGGACGAGGAGGAAGCCUGCCAGUGUGUUCACAAGCAGUGGGCCUUACGUCAAGCCUCACCCAGCACUCAAAGGGCACAGCACGAAGUAUGAGCCUACCAGGCCCCCUCCUACAUGCGUAUGAGCUGGCGCUCUCACAGACAGUCUGCGAAACCAACACCCUUCUAAAGCCCUUACCUACAACAGACAUUAUAAUCAGAGUGCCAACAAGAGACAACAAUGUUCAUAUUUAUUUUAAGUAUAUUUUUUCUUAUCUUGAUCCAUCUCAAGCUACAAGGACAGCCUUUGUUUAAAAGAUAUGCUACUCCUGGAACCACUUAUCCAUUUAAGAACAUGAUAUAGAAAAAAAAAAUUUGUUUCCAAGACAAAGAAAGUGGAAUAAACCAUUUGGAUGUGUCAUGGAGUUGCUUGAAUAAUGUGCAAUAAAUGUUUUCCUUAGUGGCAAAAAAGACAGUACUGUAGAAACAGAUUAAAGACAAUGAAAAGACUCCACUGACAAAGGGAGUGAAUGGUCUGGGAGAUCGAGACCCUUUAGUGUUAUGUUGUGUGACUUUUUAAUGGAAAUCAAGGCAGUCAUACAUGUUUGGACUGAAGUGAGAAAGCAGCUGUUGAAAGGGGCUCAGGACUACAUGGACUGCCUAUUGUAAAGCAAAUUCAUGCCACAAAUAAAUCAACAAGCACUGGGCAUCGCAAAAGUUAAUAUUUGUACAGACAGUUUUCCUGUUGUUGUAUCUUUGCUGUUUUAUAGCACAAGGGAGCAUUUGUAUAUAUUUCUUAAAGUUCAUGUUUUAUAAAAAAAAUUAAUAAAACAUUCCAGUUUUAAAUGUCCUGAAAUCUGGAAUUGUAUAUUA